AUUUACAAAAUGCUGAGAGCAGCUUAAAGGUGCAUACCACCAGUCUUUCGGUGAGCUUGCACUACUCGGUAUAGACACACCUGAGAUUUAGAUCUGAUUCAGUUUUUGGAUUGUUCCCUUAAAUGAUCUUUAAAAAUGUAUGAACGGAGUGGAUAUAAAAUAGAUGAAUCACGGUGGGGUCUACAGCCACGGAUCUACCGAAGUCGGUGUUCCGCGGAUUACCGAAUCAGCGUCUAACAAAAAGGAGCCGAACCGUUGGCCAUGCAUCGCUGCGCCAGAGCGAAGAUGAUGGCAGUUCCUCUCAUCUCCCCAAAUACGGUUCCGAAAAUUUUCCAUCUAGCAAACAGAAAUUCCCUGUCAUUCCGACCUUCAUAUACCUUCCUCUCAUCAUCAUCAUCAUCUACGGCUGCGAUUCGUUUGGAUGCCUUGAAUUGCGGAUGGAAGAGGAGCAGCAGUAGUUGCAGGAAGAAGAGGCUGGUGGUGGUCCGUGCGGGCCCACCUAGCAACACCAGUCUCAUCUUCGCAUUCGUCUUCCCUCUCUCCCUCCUCAUUGUCACCAUCUUCACUUCCAUCAGGAUCGCCGACAAGCUCGACCGAGAUUACCUUGAAGAGCUUGCCAUAAACAAGGAGAUAAUGGAAGAGGAUGGUGAAGAUGGAGAUAUGAUCAUUCCUGUAGAGGAGGAACAGGCACCGGCACUUCCACGAUCAAGAAACCGUCCUAAACGGGAAGCUUAAGGGUUCAAAUUGAGUUGAUCGGUUUUGUAGUGUUUUUAUAGAGGGCUGACCAAAUCCAUCAGCUCUUGCAACCUAAAAUGUGAAACAUAAGAAGCUGGUUGGUUCUGGUUUUGUUAUGACAUAUUUUUCUUCAAAAUGUGCAAAUACUGUAAGAUAAGGGAUUGCAAUAAAUUAAAACCAUUCCUUUUUUACUUGA